GUCCGCAUAGCGGCUAACUUUGUUACUCAUGCCCCUCCAGGAGAGUUUAAUGAGGUCUUCAAUGAUGUGCGGCUUCUUCUCAAUAAUGACAACCUUCUCAGAGAGGGGGCUUCACACUCCUUUGCCCAGUAUAACAUGGAUCAGUUUACCCCAGCCAAGUUGGAGGGAUAUGAAGAGCCGGUAUGUUUCCCCGUUAUUCUUAUUUCGAUUACCGUCUUGAUCACAGAGCAUGGUGACUUGGGUCAGGGACGUUUUCUGGACCCCCGCAACCAUUUAUCCUUCCGCUUUGACCACCUAAGAAAAGAUGUCAGCGACGUGCAGCCCUACGAAGAAGAGACGGCUUUGAGGAGCUGGAGAGAUGCAUGUGAUACUGCCCUUAGUGCCUACGUCAAAGAGCACUAUCCCACUGGCGUUAGUACGGUGUACGGGAAAACGGUUGAUGGUCAGCAAACGAUUAUAGCCUGCAUUGAAGGGCAUCAGUUUCAACCCAAAAACUUCUGGAAUGGUCGGUGUAGGUCUGAGUGGAAACUUACCCUCGGUCAAUCCACUGCUCAUGUGGUUGGAGUAUUGAAAAUCCAGGUGCACUAUUAUGAAGACGGGAAUGUACAACUGGUCAGCCAUAAGGAGAUAGAAGAUUCCGUACCUGUGACUGAUGAAACCCAAACAGCUAAGGAAUUUGUUGACAUUAUUGAGAAUGCAGAAAAUGAUUACCAGACUGCAAUCAGUGAGAACUACCAGACCAUGUCUGACACAACCUUUAAGGCCUUGCGUCGCCAGCUGCCUGUCACACGCACUAAGAUCGACUGGAAUAAGAUCCUGAGUUACAAAAUAGGAAAGGAGAUGCAGAAUGCCUAG